AUGCGACUCCGACAGAGGGGUUGCCGAGUUGGAGAUGAAACAAUUGAACCUCUUCUACGUUCUGAAAAUAAUGAUUUUAAUGAUGAGAAGGGGGAUAAGGGUAGUAAACUAUGGGCACCGCUGGCUGCAGUAGCAGAAGCAUUCUCGCCCAGUCGCUGGAAAUACGAAAUAGUGAGUCUUGUGGGAGUAGUUUUAGACGCGCUACCCAACGGGAUGACAACAUGGCUGUGUCCAAGCUUGCCUAAAGACGAACUACAGAUGCUUUCGGCGCUGCACGAGCGUUGGGUUAGACCGUGGAGUGGCACAAAUGAAGAUAUUCAUUUGCUUUCGACCCUCUGGACAUCUCACUGGCGCUGCAUGCAUCAUGACACACCGCCGCUUAAUGAGGACAUGUCUUCUGAGCGUUGGAAAGAACUCGGCUUCCAAGGGGUAAACCCCAUGACAGACUUCCGUGGCGCCGGUCUGCUUUCGCUCGUACAACUUGUGUAUCUCGUCGAGACACAUCCACAAGAAUGGAUUGCCUCUGUUCAAACUCCCAAUUACUUGACUGCAGCUGUAGGCAUUAAUGUGACGAUGCGUCUACUUGUUUUAUUGCAUUUGAAUAAUGGAGUUAGCUGUCUUGCACCAAAGAUACCGGAGAACUACACAUUUUGUCGGGCGAGGAUAACACUUUCAAAGAUGAUUUACCACAGCAGUAUUGAUGAGACUCUGCGCCGGCUUAACGAAGUGUACUGUGCCUGUAUGCGAAGACUUCGUCUGGCUUGGGAGUCUUCAUCGAAAAACAUCAUGCUAUUCAACUCUCUUCUGGAGACUUGCUUCAUCGACGUAAAGAGAAUAAUAAACUUAUCCUCUUCACUUGAGGAGUUUCAAGCGUUGAUGUGA